AUGUCAAAAGCCGAGGCUAAAAUUAACCGAGAAAUGAUGAUGCUAGCAAAAGAUCAAGCUCCUAGAAUUAGAGCAAGCCUGGGAGAAUCUAAAGAGGAAAGGAAGCUUAUAAUUGUUGGUACCAAGCCCUACAUUCCCGACUUGAAUGCAGAACCUUGUUUUGAUUCGGAAGGAGAAGAAAAGGAAGAAACUGAAGAUAAUCAUAUUGCUCCUCGGCUUUCUAAGGAGCACCAGCUCGAGAUUUUCCUCCGUGCCUCAUAUUUUGAAUACUCGAAGCUUCAGUUUUUUAACAAAAAACUUUCACAUUUGCUCGGAGUCCUUCCAGAAUUACCAAUGCAUGAUUAUUGCUUUGUCCAUAGCGAUAAAGAAACAAUUUGUGCGGGUGCACAACUGAUCGUCGUAGGAAGGGAGCUGGAGGGCAUUGUAGUCUGGCGGUAUGAGCUCGAGAACAAUAAAUGGUUCAAAGGUCCAGCAAUGAUCACACCACGGGUCAUGUAUGGUUCGGCGAGCCGUGGGACCGAUGCUUUCUUUGCAGGAGGGAUUAAUGAGGUCUAUCAAGCUGUAAACAUAGCAGAGAAAUACAAUGCUGAUACCAAAACGUGGACCGUGAUUCGUGAGAUGCACAAGAAAAGGAAAUUCAGCUCAGGAUUUUUCUUGUGCGGCAAAUUUUACGUAAUUGGUGGCCGAGAUGAGAAUAAUGAAAACCUAACUUGUGGAGAAAGGUACGAUGACGAGACAAAUUCUUGGGAGCUGAUACCAGACAUGCUCAAAGAUAUGGCGUUUACGUCUUCUCACUCGCCUCCUCUUAUUGCGGUGGUCGACAACAACCUCUACUUAAUGGAAAAUUCUGUGAGUGAGCUUCGUGUUUAUGAUAGAAACACAAACGUUUGGAAGAAACUUGGUGUUGUGCCUGUGGAAGCAAAUAUCACUUUAGGUUGGGGAGUUGCAUUUAAGUCAAUUGGAGAUAGGCUUUUGGUAAUUGGACCAUCGUCUUCUCAAUCUUACUACAGGAGAACGGUGGUUUACACAUGUCGUCCUUCUCCAAAAGUGGAAGAACAAAUUUGGGAGGAACUAAAGGAUUGUUGUGACAUUGCUUAUUACCAUCAGUAUAUUCUCAAUUGUUCUGUGAUGUUUGCUUGA